AACACACACACGCACGCGCAAACACACACACGCACGCGCAAACACACGCACAUACUCUUGACCAUAUCCACACGAGGUGAUGCAAAUCUUCCCCGUAUGUGACCUGAAUCACCUUUAAUAAAAUAACAUUAAGUUUAAUAGUGUUGUAACCGCGGUGGUUUAUUGUCGCGCACUUUACACUUUUGUGCAAAAUCUCUCAAACUGUUAUAAAAAGAGUUCAUUUUUGUUCUUGUUUACUAUUCAUUGUUUAUGUAUAAUGGGAUUUUGUUAUUUUGUUAUUUCUUUGGGCUAUUGUGACACAUCCACUUUUCUGUAGUUUCCCCCGCCUUGGUUGCUUCAUGUCUUGCCGUGCGUGGGUCCGUGCGCGCGCAUGUGACAUCACAGACGGGAUUGGCUCGCCCCGACCGGGGUGGAGAGAGUCUCCUCCACAGGCUGCGCAGGGACAAGUACAGAGGAGAGUCAGAGACGGAGGGAAAAGAGUUUUUUUUCCAGCAGCCACGGAGCUCGGAGCUCGGCGGAUGCAGGGGGGCUAACCUCCGCUCAGUGGGAACCACGCCCCGGGGGCCACGGGAGGACUUGUGACAUCCCACCCUCCCCUCUACUCCCCAAGUGUCCAAACUCCCAUGGAAGGGAGGAUGGACUGUGACGAGGAGUUCUAGUGGGGUGACAGGUUGGCGAGAUGAAGUUUGGGAAGAGCAUCUGCGUGCUCAACGUAGGGGGGACCCGCUACGCCUUCACCCGUGAGGUGAUCAGGGAUUUCCCUCUCCGGCGCGUCAGUCGCCUGCAUGCCUGCGCGAACGAGAAAGAGGUCCUCGAACUGUGCGACGACUACGACCGGGACCGCAAUGAGUUCUUCUUCGACCGCCACGCGCAGGCUUUCGUGUUCAUCAUGCUGUACGUGCGCUCCGGUACACUCCGCUUUGUCCCCGGAGUGUGCGAGCUCUCCUUCUACACGGAGAUGCUCUACUGGGGGCUGGAGAGCGCGCACUUGGACUCCUGCUGCCAGAAGCGCCUGGACGACAGGAUGUCCGAGAUCGGACUGGACGACGUGUCAGAGGGGGACAUGGGAGUGCCGGGGGGCGAGCCCCAGAGCCCGGGCGAGUCGGCGCGCGCCACUGCGCUCACGGGUCGCGCCAGAUGGCUUGAGAUGAUGCGCAAGGCGUUCGAGGAGCCCAACUCGUCGCUUGUGGCGCAGCUUCUGGCCUCAGUGUCCGUGAUCUUUGUGAUUGUGUCCAUGAUAAUGCUUUGCGCGAGCACCCUGCCGGACUGGGAUACGGCCAAGAGAAAUACUGUGGAGGAGCACAGGAUAGUGGAGGCCGUUUGUAUUGGCUGGUUUACUGCAGAGUGCAUCGUGCGCUUUCUGGUAGCCAGGGACAAGUGGGACUUUCUCCGCCGGCCACUGAACAUCAUCGACGUGAUUGCCAUCAGCCCCUACUAUGUCACCAUGGCGCUGGCCCGGGCCGGGAUGCCGGGGGCCGGGCUCGGGGUUGCCGGGGUGUUUCUGCGAGUGCUGAGGAUGAUGCGAGUGUUCUGGCUCAUGAAGCUGGCCAGACACUUCCUGGGCCUGCAGACGCUGGGGAUGACACUCAGGCGAUGCUACAGGGAGAUGGUCAUGCUGAUGGUUUUUGUCUUUGUCGCCAUGGCGAUAUACAGCGCUCUGGCCCAGCUGCUGGAGCACGGCUUGGACUUGGGAACACAAAACCAGGAUUACGCCAGCAUCCCGGCUGCCGCCUGGUGGGUCAUCAUCUCUAUGACGACGGUGGGGUACGGCGAUGUGUACCCUGUGACAGUUGGAGGACGGGUGCUUGGGGGAAUGUGUGUAGUGAGUGGCAUUGUGCUCCUGGCACUGCCCAUCACAUUCAUCUACCACAGUUUUGUACAGUGUUACCAUGAACUCAAACUUCGCUCUGCCAGAUAUGCACGAAGCCUGUCAGUGGAGAUGCUGUGAUGAAAUUACAUUUUUACCAAACAGCUGGGGCUCUGCCUUCACUAGACAGAAACUCAACAAACGCUGGAAUUUGCUGAUCCCAUCAUGAAAUAUUGAUAAACUCUGCUCCCUGCCCCCGUUUCCUGCCCGGGAUUUUAUUAGGCUUUUCUAGCUCCUGCUUGUUUUGUUGAUGAGCUCCAGUCAAGGUUUUCCACUAGCAUGCUCUGCGCCCGUCUCCUUAACGACACAGUUUGAACAGUAGAAUAGGAAAACACAAAUAAUUAUUUAUUUAAUACACACGCAGACAAAGUCAGUGCAGUUUUGACGGUGGCUGCUGUUUACACUGUAUUCCCAUGGUUACAACAUUGUCAGAGACGGCUGCUUCUUUGUAUGCUGCAUCGAGUGCUCUGUGUGUGUGUGUGUGUGUGUGUUUGUUUAUGUGUGUGUUUUUGUUUAAAUGUCUGACCAUCAGCCCUUCACUUAGUCUAAGCUUUGCACCCAGAUGGUACAAGUUACACAAGAUUGAUGUGUGACCUAGAUGCAUUCUGUUCAACCUGGGAAAUAUAGCGAGUGCAAAGUGUGGAUGGAGAAGAGGUACACAGAAGGCUUAGGGUGUAGGAGUAGCUUAAGCCAGGGAUAAUUAAAUAUAGUGACAGGUCAGCAAGGAGUACAUGGUGGCAGACAAAUAUAGGGGCGAUAGAUAUGAAAGGGCAGAUGGACUGUGAAAUGCAGGGGGGAAAAUUAUGGGAAUUAUGACAGAAUGCCGUGCAAGCCUGAGUGCAAGCUGAAUAGCUGGAGAAUGUAUUGCUUCUCAAUCAUGAGUGAAUGGAAGGCAUUUUGUAUUUCUGUGUCUCCAAGGCAACCUCAUCCUACAACAUGUCAAUCAUAAUGGCGGGUUGAUUUGUGCGCACACAAAUAUAGGCCACAUCCUGCAGCCCUCCUGGCUUGCAUGCAGCAUCUUUAUUCUGCAUCUCAGAUUUCAAAAAAAGGAAGGGGGGGGGGGGAUGAACAGUGGAGUAUAAACAGACACAGAUGAUGGUUUUGACAUCCAUGAUUUAGAAAUGUUGGCAUUGGCCUUGGUUUGCCAUGAUGAUAUGAUUUGUUGAAGAGACAGAUGAUCCAAACAAACAAGUCAACACCUCUCCCACACAACAGUCUUUCUCUGAAUCUCCUCUCCUCUUCCUCCUGCUGCCAUCAACCAUCCUCUUUUUACACACACACACAUACGCCAAUUGACUAAGUCCAUUCAUUCAAUUUUAAGACCACAUUUGUUAUUUCCUCAUAAAAUGUGCGACCUUGUAUGCGUUUAAGAUGUUUUGUUGACAGUACAUAUCUCAAUAUCCUUGUUGUGAUUUUGAUGUGUUAUAAUUUAUUUUAUGACCUAGCGUAUGACAACGUAAUUUUUCAACUCUUGGCAAAGCUUAUAGCUGAGGGAAUUUUAGCCCGGCCUAAUUGAAAAAAAUCAGUCAAAACUUUUUCACCAGAGAGUUAUGUAAUUUACUUGUAAUUAAUGUGAUCAAUGUAUGAGGUUUUAUAUUAAAAAAUGACUGUGUGAAA